AUGGCGCCCUUCCUGCAGCUCGCCGUGAGCGGCCUCGCCCUGGCCAGCUCAGCCGUGGCUGCUCGCCACGAACAGGUCGAUACACUGGUUGCCUCGCAGAUCUUGACCGAUCCCUACGCCUAUGAUUUUCCUCGUCUGGGCGCCCCCGGGGCCUCGCUGUUCCCGAUGCGCCGCUGCCACGGGUUCAAGCUGGAGGAAGCCAGUGUCGAUGAGAUCCAGGCCCAACUGAGCAAUGGCUCCUUCACCAGCGUUGAGCUGCUGCAGUGCUACCUCGACCGCAUUCACCAGACCCAGCCGUACCUGAAUGCCAUCCUGCAAUUCAACCCUGAUGCUUUCUCCAUCGCUCAAAAGCUGGACGAGGAGCGUGCUCAUGGAAAGGUCCGUGGUCCUCUCCACGGUAUUCCCUUUAUUGUUAAGGACAACAUUGCCAGCAAGGACCGCAUGGAGACUACUGCUGGCUGCUGGGCUCUGCUGGGAAGCGUGGUGCCCCGUGACUCCCACGUCGUCCACGGCAUGCGCAAGGCCGGUGCUCUGCUCCUGGGCAAGGGUGCUCUGAGCGAGUGGGCGGACAUGCGUUCGAACAACUAUUCCGAGGGUUUCACUGCCCGUGGUGGCCAGUGCCGUAGUGCCUAUAACUUCACCGUCAACCCCGGUGGCAGCAGCACUGGUCCUGGUGUCGCCGUCGGUGCCAAUCUGGUCCCCAUCGCUCUGGGCACCGAGACUGAUGGUAGUGUCAUCAACCCCGCUCAGCGCAACGCCAUCGUCGGCAUCAAGCCUACUGUCGGUCUGACCUCCCGUGCUGGUGUCAUCCCCGAGUCUCUGCACCAGGAUACUGUCGGUACCUUUGGCAAGACCGUUCGUGACGCCGUGUAUGCCCUGGAUGCCAUCUAUGGAGUCGACACCCGUGACAACUACACUCUCGCUCAGAAGGACAUGACCCCGAAGGGCGGAUAUGCCCAGUUCCUGUCCAAGAAGGACGCUCUCAAGGGCGCUGUGUUUGGUCUUCCCUGGAAGUCCUUCUGGGCUCUCGGCGACGCGGAGCAGAUUGCCCAGCUCGAGGAGCUCAUCUCCCUGAUCAAGUCCGCUGGUGCUACCAUCAUCAACGGCACUGAGCUGCCUCACUACAAGCAGAUUGUCUCCCCCGACGGCUGGAACUGGGACUACGGCACCACCCGUGGUUUCGUCAACGAGUCGGAGUACUCCUACAUCAAGGUCGACUUUUACAACAACCUACGCGACUACCUCGCCGAGGUCAACAACACCGCGAUCAAGUCUGUCGAGGACCUCGUUCAGUACAACAUCGACAACUAUGGCUCCGAGGGCGGUCUCCCCGGCAUCCACCCAGCCUUCGGCUCCGGCCAGGACGGCCUCAUCGCCUCCCUGGAGAGCAAGGGUAUCAUGAACGAGACCUACUUCUCCGCCCUGGAGUUCUGCCAACGCACCACCCGCGAGGAGGGCAUUGACGCCGCUCUGAAGUACAAGAAUGGCACCCUGGAUGGUCUUCUGGUGCCUCCGGAUGUCGCCCAGAGCAUUCAGAUCGCUGCCCAGGCUGGUUACCCUGUCAUCACUGUGCCUGCGGGUACCGGCUCGGAGUCCGGCAUGCCCUACGGCCUAGCGAUCAUGAACACGGCCUUCUCGGAGCCCACUCUCAUCAAGUACGCCAGUGCUAUUGAGGAUCUUCAGAAGACCUCUGGCACAAAGUGGCAGCGUACGCUCCCUGAGUGGCGCGGCUACCUGGAGCGCAACCUGCCCGUGAUCAUGUAA